ACUGUUAAUCCAUCAUGAAAAGAGUAAACAUAGAUGAUACCAACGAUCUUCCUAUUAACGUAGUGUCGAGUGUUAUUAGUUAUCUAGCAUCAUCAACUAAUUUUCAUUGGCUCCCGUCAAGCACAGACAACUUAUCCACAACAAUGGGUGGAACUGUGUACUGUAAAAAUACAAUUACUCCUGAAGUUUUGUCUUUGGCUCCACCGCUGAUGGAUUUUGAAGAUGAACUUAUUUGGUUUGAAAAUAGAGGGAAUAGCAAUGAGAUUGUAUCAUAUGAUAACUCGAACUGCAUUAAUGCGUGCUCGAAGUACCUUUUAAAUCUUGCUUUUUGCCAACCUUUAACACCUCAGGAGCAAAAAAUAUUAUUGGAAGAUGUUGUGAAGCAUACAAAUUUUAUUUAUCAAAUAGGAUUAACUCCAUCUAAGGACAAAUGCAAACAAAAUAAGCAUGCAGUAGAAUAAUUUAAUGAGCGAUUUUAUGCUGCAGCAUCAGGAGUCUGCAAAAAAUAUUUUGCCUAAUUGUGGGCAAGGCACAGUUGUAGCAAAUAAGCUAUGGGAUACAUUGACGCAAAAACGUAUCUCUGCGGGCCCACCGGUUAACUCUCGGGGAAAGUUGCCCCAAUUAGUAGAAAAUAAUCCACUUAUAUCAAUAGAAAUUUUGCUGAGGCUUAUGAAAACGGUGGAAAUAACGGAAUAUUUUAAUGUUUUGGUACAAAUGGACAUAACACUACAUUCAAUGGAGGUUGUUAACAGGCUUACUACUUCAGUGAAUUUACCUACAGAGUUUAUACAUUUAUAUAUCAGCAAUUGCAUUUCUACAUGUGAGACUGUUAAGGACAAAUAUAUGCAGUCACGUCUGGUGCGUUUAGUUUGUGUUUUUUUGCAAUCACUUAUAAGGAAUAAAAUAAUUAAUGUCAAGGAAUUGUUAAUUGAAAUCGAAGCUUUCUGUGUAGGUUUCAGCCGCAUAAAGGAAGCUGUGGGUUUGUAUAGACUUCUAAAAAAUUUGGAACUUGGAGAACAUGGACCUAGUGUCAACAACGGAAGUUUAACUUACUGUAUAAACAAAAAUGAAAGCAUUACUCCAAAAUAAUUUUACAAAUAUUUUACAAUUAAAGUAAUUGGUUUGGGGAUACUGUACAAGUAAA